AUGCGAGAAUUACUGUUUUCUCCCCACUAUAAUGCUUUAUUUCAGUUUGGCAAGCACGAGUUUGGCGCAGUGAUUUUGUCACCUUCGCGCGAGCUUUCGUCACAGAUAGCGACUGUGGCUGCACCCUAUGCCGAAAAGCUAGGAUAUUCCAUAGCGGUGACUGUGGGAGGAACAAAAAUCGAGCAAAAUCUGAAGAAAUUGAAAAAUCAAGGAGGAAAUAUACUGGUCGCUACACCAGGUCGUCUGUUCCAGCUUUUAACCUUAGAUAAAGAUGGAAGCUUGAAAAGAUCUCUAAGAACUGUUGAGGUUUUGAUAGUGGACGAAGCUGAUCGUUUCCAAGAAACCCAGUUUGAAAUGCAUUUCAAGGAAAUACUGCAAUCCUUGCCUAAGCAACGGCGUACUGGUCUGUUCUCAGCGACGCAGGCGAAGGAAAUGGAUGAUCUUACCAUGUUUGGCUUGAGGAACAAGAAAGUGAUCAAAAUAAAGCAAUCAACCGAUUUAGUCUCACCUUCAACACUGAGCAAUUUCUAUACCGUUUGCGAGGCAGCAGAAAAAUUGAUGUGCACCGUUGAGUUCGUGCGCAACAAACCAGACAAGAAAAUCUUAGUGUUUUUCCCUUCGUGUGGUGGAGUCAACUAUUUUCACAAGUGCAUGGGCAUAGUUCGACGAGUGAACGUUCUAAACAGGCAAGUUUUUUUUUGUGGAGAGGAAAAACUUUUUUUGAUGAAAAGAGAGUUUCAGAUUGAAGACUUCCGCAAAAGCGAUAAUGGUGUAAUGUUGUCUACUGACGUUAUGUCUCGAGGUAUAGACAUCCAAGAUAUCGACUGGGUCCUCCAAUUUGAGAUCCCUAAAUUGUCAAGCUGGUUUGUGCAUCGCUCAGGACGAACUGCUCGUUGUGGUAGGGAUGGAAAUGCUUUGCUGGUAAUUACUCCUCAACAAACAGCCUACAUUGACUACUUGCGGAAGCACGAGCAGGUGGAACUGAAGCAACUUUCUGUACCUACCAGCAAUGCAUCGAAAGCGGAACAG